ACAACCUCAACUCCAACAUGUCCAAUAACGAGGCCCACGCCAGUGUCCUGACGCCGUCCGAGGAGAUCCCCAAGGAUGCGGUCCACGUCAAGGGCCCCGACUUCUCAAACCCCAUCGACCUCGAGACUCUCCUCAAGGGCUACCAGACCAUCGGCUUCCAGGCGACCGGCCUCGCCAAGGCGAUCGAGGUCAUUGAGAAGAUGAGGCAAGAGCGGUCCAACCCCGAGGAGCCCCUGCGCCUCUUCCUUGGCUACACCUCGAACCUCAUCUCGUCUGGUCUCCGCGAGAUCAUCCUCUUCCUCGCCAAGAACAAGCUCAUUGACGCGCUUGUCACUACGGCCGGCGGUGUCGAGGAGGACUUUGUCAAGUGCCUCGGAUCCACCAUUCUGGGUGACUUCCACCUUGACGGAGCUGGCCUGCGUAAGAAGGGCCUGAACCGCAUUGGUAACCUCCUCGUCCCCAACUCAAACUACUGCGCUUUCGAGGACUGGAUCAUGCCUAUUCUGGACCAGAUGGUCAAGGAGCAGGAGGGCCCUGAAAAGGAGCACUGGACUCCCAGCAAGGUCAUCAACCGCCUCGGCAAGGAGAUCAACAACGAGGAGAGCGUCUACUACUGGUGCUGGAAGAAUGACAUCCCCGUGUUCUGCCCGGCACUCACCGACGGCUCGCUCGGCGACAUGAUGUACUUCCACACGUACAAGGCGGACCCUGCUCCGCUCAACGUCGACAUUGUUGGCGACAUUCGCCGCCUCAACGACAUGAGCGUCAAGUCCAAGCAGGCCGGUAUGAUUGUUCUCGGUGGAGGUGUGUGCAAGCACCAGAUUGCCAACGCCAUGCUCUUUAGCGUGCAGAGGAACGGUGCCGACUACGCCGUCUACAUCAACACUGGACAGGAGUACGACGGCUCCGACUCUGGUGCUCGCCCCGACGAGGCCGUGUCAUGGGGAAAGAUCCGGGCAAACGCCCAGAGCGUCAAGGUGUACGCCGACGCGACUCUUGUCUUCCCCCUCGUCGUCGCGGCUACGUUUGGCAAGGCUCACUGGGCUGCCGCUGCCAAGGCCAAGAGCGAGGCCGAGGCAGUCAAGGCUCAGCAGUGAGCAGGAGCUGGAUCAGUUGUCAUCUACGUAGUGUAUAUCUUGCAUCAUUAUACCCGAGCAUCACCCGCCAUGGC